CCCUCUUUCAGUUGUAUUUAAACCCAGGCACCCACUAAAGUUCAUAAAUUUCCAGCAUUAGAGUGAAAAAUGUCUAUGCUGAAAAGUUCCGUGUUUGUGGGGUUUCUCUUGUUUGCUCUCUUCCAUAUGAGCCAUGCUGCCUGCUGGAGUGGAAUACAGAAACCAGGCAUGACUCACUGUAAGGAUACUUUGGAUAACAAGUGGCAUCCAGUCGGAUCCACCUGGAAUAACAAACUGUGUCAAAGAUGCACAUGCACAGCUCAUUCCAUGGGAUGCUGUGAUGGAUGGCCAACAAGUGUGUCUGGAGGUUGCAGCAUUAAAUAUGAUUAUGAAACAUGUACAUAUGAACUGAUUCAUCUGGAUAAAAGUGUUCCAUGUGGCGCUGCUGGGAAGUGAUUGUCAAGAUAAACUGAAUUAAGGUCAUCACAAAAAUAAUACAAUGAUAACUUUGAUUAAACUUUGAUCGUUAAAGCACAAUAAAGCAUUGUAGACUUACAUUAUAUGGUUUAAUAAUACAAUAUACAGGCUAAGCCCUAGAGUUUAAUAGAAGACAAUCCUGGAUCAAGUACAGAAAAAUAUAUGAAUGAGUUCUAAAAUAAAAGUUGGCUAUGACAGAAAGCAUGAUCAAUAUAACUAUUAAAAUUUUGCUAAACCGUGCAAAAUACAAAACUGAGCUAUAAACAGCAAUUGUGAUUACCAUUAACAUGAUCAUAACAGGCUUGAUUUAUUUUCACAAGCUUUUCACAUAUUAUUCCUGUAAUCUAAUGCAAUCAAAUGUUGAAGAGUGUAAAUUUAACCUGAAUUGACAUUGCAGCAACAUUAUUGAAUAAUGUUGAAUGACCAUUGUUAUUUGCUUGUGUUUCUAUGUUAGAACAAUGUUGCUGUACUAACAUUGGUGAUUUAAUGUUGGUUUCUUAACAAUCUUAAUAAUAUUUUCUUUUUCAUUUAGAAUAAUGCAGCAUCCAUUUGCUUAACAAAGAUUAUACAAUUUUUGUUUUUAGCUUUAUCACCUUGCACUUCUAGGGUCUGAGUUCGAUUCCCACUUCUUUGUGCAUGGAUAUUGCAUGUUCUUCCCAUGUUUGGUAGGUUUUCUCCAGGUUCCUCCAAGAGUCCAAAGACAUGCAUAUUAGGUUUAUUGGCAUUCACAAAUUGCCCAUAGUUUGCAUGUGUCUGUGCCCUGCAAUGGAUUAGCACCAAGUCUAGUGUGUAACCAUAUUUAUUUAAGAAAAUUAUGAUAAUCAUAACAGCCUACUGCAUUUUAUUCUUACAGUAUAAUCUGCUGACGCAGUAUCACGUCCUGAAAAUGAAUAAAUUUUAUAGUCA